CUGAGCUUCACCAACUCGCCCCGCCGCCACUCUCUUUCAUAUUGUUUUUGCAAGCUCCAGGCGUUGCAAAAAUGAGUAUUACAUAUGGCGUCGUUGGCUCUACGUCCACCCUCGCGGUGAUUGGACUUUAUAUGCUCCUUACUGGCGAUGGAGAAGCAUUCAAUGUCGGACAGUUCCUUGAAGACGUCUCGCCCUACGCCUGGGCAGACUUGGGCAUCGGGCUCUCCAUUGGCCUCUCUGUCAUCGGCGCCGCAUGGGGCAUCUUCAUAACCGGCUCGUCGAUCCUCGGUGGCGGUGUCAAGGCGCCGCGCAUCCGCACCAAGAACCUCAUCUCCAUCAUCUUCUGCGAAGUCGUCGCCAUCUACGGCGUCAUCAUGUCCAUCGUCUUCUCGUCCAAGAUCAACGUCGUCGAGGGCGACGCCAUCUACUCGGGGAGCAACUACUAUACCGGCUACGCGCUGUUCUGGGGUGGCCUUACUGUUGGCAUGUGCAACCUCAUCUGCGGUGUGAGCGUCGGGAUUAACGGUAGCGGUGCCGCUCUGGCUGAUGCUGCGGAUCCGAGUUUAUUUGUUAAGAUUCUCGUCAUUGAGAUCUUCAGUUCGGUGCUGGGACUAUUUGGGUUGAUCAUUGGGUUAUUGAUCUCGCAACGCGCAGUGGAGUUCAAGUGAGGAGAUGGAGGGGAUAUAGGACAUAAGUGGAGAGGCGGCAUAGUUGUGAAAACACCACUGGAAGAGCGAUUGGGGGAGAGUGCAUAUUUGGACAUCUUGGCGGCGAGGAAGGCGUUCGGUAGACAGCGAUGUACAGUAUAGUAACAGUAAAGUCAGUCCGUGGGGACAGCAAACAUGGAAAUGAAGUGCUACAUGCAGCACAGUUAUUUUAUACAAUUAAGAGUUGUAACAUUAUCCCUCCUGCAAGAAUGUAGCCAGGCACGGAUGGAAUAUAUAGUCAUAUU